AUGGCAAGAUUCGACUCUGCAAGUCGUGGUGCAUGGGGCUCUGUCUUGUUCAUUUUCGGUCUUCGUAUCAAGAAGCCAUACUUUAUCGCUGCAAUGGGAGCUUUUAUCACCGUCAUGUCGGCCUUCACUGGAUUUGCAGCCCAACAACUUAUCGUAUUUAAUGACUGCCUCCGACCUGAUGAAUCUGCCGCAGUCGGGAUACUCAAAUCCAACGCUUACAACGCAAGUGGAGAAAGGAUAGCUCCCCAAAGGUUCGAUGAGUUCCUUCCUAUGAGUGUAGCUAUAGAUGUCGGGAUACUUCAACCACUCGAGGAUACAACUACCCUUCUUUCUUACGGAUGUAAAACUGGCAAUUGCACCUUUCCGGCUGCGAACGGAUCGGCAUACUCGACUUUGGCUACCGACUACUGGUGUGCAGAUGCCACAUCAGAAGUAGUAGAGUUACCGAUUAACUAUGACGACUCUGAAUAUUACGGCUAUGUGCCAACCGAGUUUAUGAUCGGCAUGAACUGUGGUGGCAGUCCCGAGGCAUGUGCUGAGAAGAGCAGCACUUCGUUGAAUAGUACAAACGGGACAGCUUCGCUCACAAGUAACUUCGAUUUGACUAUGAAGAACGGCACAAAAGCAAGGAACAUUGGUCUUUCUCUAUCGCUUUCCGACAAUCCCUUUACUGACUCGCCGGUCAAGUUUUUGCUUGCUGGUUGGCCCGGGUACCUAGUGACUAGCGUAGAAGCAGCACAACUCGGAUACAACGGCACCAUAUCUACAAUAGGCAUGAUAUACUUAUCGAACUCCACGAGCCAGAGCCGCGAGUACAGAGCGAUGAGAUGCGGCAUAUAUCCUACAGUCAACACAUUGAAGGCAACAUAUCACAACGGUGUCUUGAAAGAAGAGCUGGUCAAGAGCGUUCGUAUUGGCCGAGACGUCGCCUCUGGUACCAAUACCAUCUUCCGCCUAGCCACGAAACAAACCCUCCGCAACGGCACAGAAAUUACCUGCGAUGAGCGCACCACAGACACACCCGGCUAUCUACCCGUUGCAAAAAGCAAUAUCGAUGCCGCACCCAUCAACAUAACGUACCUGGCCAUGGAAGGCCCAGGUGCGGAAACUGUAUGGUACCCAGAAGAUUGCGUUUGGGCCAUGACAGCCACGGGUACGAGCGGUAUACGGCAACAUUUCAACGCCAUCUACGGCGCGCAGUACCUCAUGGAUGUACAGUCUGCCCGCUAUGGUUCUGCCUACAUGCGUGUCUUGUGGAAUAAUAGAGAAAUGCAAAAGGCGCCUCUUGACCAUGUCGGCAGUCUCAUGACGAACAUAACUUCAGCCAUGAACACCGUUCUGCGUACCCACGGCAUACCGGGUUUCAACAAUCCUGCUGAAGGGACAAUGUGGUAUACAAUGACUUGUAUCAACAUCAACUGGACUUGGGUCGCCUUUCCUGCCACGAUGAUUGCGCUCUCGGCUGUUUUUCUCUUACUAGUGCAUCUUGAGAGUAGGGGCGUGGAGAGCGAGCGGCUGUGGAAGAGUUCGAUACUAGCAAUGUUAUUUUGCGAGAUGGACGAUGUGGUUACGAGUGAAGCUAGGCCGGUGGGGCGACGGCGGUUGGAGGAGGUGGCUGCAAUUAGUAGUGUGAGUUUGGGUAAAGAUCAAGGAAGUUUGAGGUUGGUUGCUAGACAGUCUUAA